UUGAUUUUUACACGCAGAUUGGGUAGAUUUCAAAACUCAGUGAUGAAAAACCACACAGCAGUAACAACUUUUAUCCUUCUGGGACUGACAAGUGACCCACAACUGCAAAUUCUGCUUUUUAUCUUUCUAUUUCUCACCUACAUGUCAAGUGUAACAGGGAACCUGACUAUUAUCACCCUCACACUGGUGGACUCCCAUCUUAAAACUCCUAUGUACUUUUUCCUCAGAAAUUUUUCCUUCUUAGAAGUCUCAUUUACUACUGUCUGUAUUCCUAGAUUCCUGUACAGCCUAUCAACUGGGGAUAAUACCGUUACCUACAAUGCUUGCGCAAGUCAAAUAUUUUUUGUUAUUCUCUUUGGAGCAACAGAAUUUUUUCUCCUGGCAGCCAUGUCCUAUGACCGCUAUGUUGCUAUCUGUAAACCCCUCCAUUAUAUGACCAUCAUGAACGACAGAGUCUGCACUUUACUAGUCCUCUGCUGCUGGGUAUCUGGCUUGAUGAUCAUUGUCCCCCCACUUAGCUUGGGCCUGCAGCUGGAAUUCUGUGACUCCAACACCAUUGAUCAUUUUACCUGUGAUGCAGGUCCAAUCCUAAAGAUCUCCUGCUCAGAUACAUGGGUAAUAGAACAAAUGGUUAUCCUUGUGGCCGUAUUUGCACUCAUUAUCACGCUAGUGUGUGUGCUUCUCUCUUACACGUACAUCAUCAGGACAAUUCAGAGAUUCCCCUCAGUCCAACAAAGGAAAAAGGCCUUUUCUACCUGCUCAUCCCACAUGAUUGUGGUUUCCAUCACCUACGGAAGCUGCAUCUUCAUUUAUGUCAAGCCCUCAGCAAAGGAGGAGGUGGCCAUAAACAAAGGCGUUUCGGUGCUCAUGGCUUCAGUUGCACCUUUGCUAAACCCCUUCAUUUAUACCCUGAGGAAUAAGCAAGUGAAACAAGCCUUCAGCAACUCCAUAAAGAAGAUUACAUUUCUCUCAAAGAAAUCAAGAUUUUGA